GCAAGAAAAAGUAGCGCGCCUUUCUUCCCAUUCGCUGUAAACAGAGGCGUAAGUUGUCCGGAGCCGCCGCUUUCAGCUCUGCCCCUAUGGCCGGGGAAUGAGCCUGGUAGGAUGUGCUGGGAAGGUCGGACCCAAACAGGGAAGGCUCGGCCUUCUGUCGACCCGGGCGGUGCGCCCGCCCUCUUCCUCUCCCUCCCUCCCUCGCCUGCUCCCAGCCUGUACCGACGUGGCCGGGCCGAGAGAGGAAAGUGCAGGGACGCGCGUCAGGCAGGCAACGGCUGGUCGGCGAAUUUAAAAUGUCAGGUGGCACAAGCGAUGUGUUAACUCCAGAUAAAAGGGAAAAAGUACUAGAUCCUGGCAGUAAUGCUUCAGCUUCUGACCCAGCAACACAGAAUGAGAAGACAGAACAAGCUCUACCACCAGACAGCAAACGCCAUGCUCCUGAAGUCCCCAGUAAUGAACAGGAGGGACGUGUGAUAACUUUAGAGAAUCGUUCAGAUGAGGAACCUUCCAGUGGGAACGUCGCUGAGGACAAUCCUCUUGAAUGCACUGAAUCUGUGAGCCUUGAACCAGAAUCUGGAUCUGAAUUGCCAAAUGAAGAGCGUGACUCAGGCGGGGAUUCAAUACCAAAGGCAAGUGGAUGGACAACUUGGGGAACAUGGGGCAAGUCCCUGAUUUCAUCAGCUUCUGCCACAGUUGGUCAAGGAUUAACAGCAGUAAAGGAAAAAGCAGCCACACUUAGAAUUCAUGUUCCUUCUUCUGGACCUUCAGAAGAUAGACAUCCUGGCACAGUUGAAAACAUUCUUACAAAUGAUACAGAAGAGACCGCACAGCAACACCCUCCAGAGGACACAUCUUUACCCUCAUCUCCUUCUGGUUCACGUGGAAUGCUUUCAUCCAUCAGUAGUGCAGUACAGAAUACUGGUAGAAGUGUCUUAACGGGUGGCCUUGAUGCUUUGGAGUUCAUUGGCAAGAAGACCAUGAAUGUCCUUGCAGAAAGUGAUCCUGGGUUUAGGAAAACCAAAAUACUGAUGGAACGAACAGUCUCCUUGUCUCAGCUACUGAGAGAAGCAAAAGAAAAAGAGAAGCAGAGGCUUGCCCAGCAAGUCACAUUUGAAAGAACGGCACAUUAUGGGCUGCUUUUUGAUGAGUUUCAGGGCCUGUCUCAUCUGGAAGCUCUGGAAAUUCUGUCUAAUGAAAGUGAAGCCAAGAUUCAAUCCUACAUGGGUUCACUUGAAGGAGAGGAGUUGGAAACAGUAAAAAAUGCUUUAAUUGCUAUUAAGGAAGUCUUUGUUCCGCAGGAAUCAGAUAAUGAUGGGAAUGGAGCAAAGAAAGAUCCUGAAGUUGAAUUUGUUACCAUACUUACAGAAUUGCUGUUUGAACUUCAUGUUGCUGCUACUCCUGAUAAACUCAACAAGGCUAGAAAGAAAGCUUAUGAUUGCUUGGCAGAGGCUACCCUCCCUGUGUGUGUAGAAAUGAAAAAGGAUCCAGCAGAAAAAAACAAAGAUGAUGAAGUAGAACAAGAAGGUGAAAAGGAAUCUCAAACAGGAGAAUCUGGAAAAAGAGAAGGAAGAAAGAACAAAACAGUAGAGGAAAUCUACAUGUUGUCUAUUGAAAGCCUUGCUGAAGUAACAGCACGUUGCAUUGAGCAACUCCAUAAAUUAGCUGAACUAAUUCUUCAUGGACAAGAAGUGGAAAAGCCUGCUUUGGAUCAAGCAAAAGUUCUCACAAAUUUAACAGAUACAAUGUGUAAUGAAGUAUCAUCCCUCUCAAAGGAAUUUUCUGAUCUUUUAACUUCAGUCGGGAGUGACAAAAAAGCUGAAGUUCUCAACCCAAUGGUUAACAGUGUACUCUUAGAGGGUAGCAACAGCACUGCUUAUAUCCAGGAUGCCUUUCAGUUACUGCUUCCAGUUCUCCAGAUCUCCCACAUCCAGACUAAAUGCUUGAAAGUGCAAUAGUGGCUACGGAACCAUUGGUCCAGUUGUGUGUGUGGAGUUCAAAAUUAUGUCCAAAUCCAUUCAGUGAUCAUAAAGCCUUUUAAAAGACACUCAGUGCAGUUUUGCACAUGUAAUGCUGAGUAACACGUUGUAUUUUGUUAACUAUUUAACACUUUAUUCUGUAAUAGGAAGGAGGAAAGUUCCCUAAUUUAAGUCAAACCAUGUGCUGUUUUUAGUUAUGUUUGUUGAAAUUCGCCUUGCACAAUGGUGUGUCAAAUAAUUUGUAUCUCAUUUUAGAACAUUUUUACCAAUACUCUUCGUUUAGGCACUGUCUUGUACUGUCCAAAUCAAGGCUGUUUUGUUUCAAUUUGGUUUGGUUUGGGUGGGAUUGGCUGUUGCAAGUUUGAGGACUAAGCAGCUAAUGGGUCUAGAGAUGAUCAGAAAGGUAGACUUUCCCCAUGUUGAAAAUAUGAGAGCCGUGCAAGGAAGAGAACGAAGAUUCCAACAAGGUAUUGGCUCAUUUCCCAUUUUUCUGUUUUUAGAACAGUUAUAAAUCUUUUUAUUAGCUUAAAUGUAAUGGAGAAAAUGUCCCUGCCUUACCAGUGUCAUGAAAUAAUGAAAAUGUUUCAUUCCUAGAUAUGAAGUCAUAACAUCAUAUGCAGAAAAGGCUGUAAAUCGUGGAAACUGGUAAUUGCUUAGAAAGCAAGACUUAUUGGUGGUGUCAUUCACUUUUGUUGAUGCUGGCUUCACUGUGCAAGCACACCAAGAAAGUAACUGUGCUGUCUGGUCUGGUCUGGGACCUACCAUGGCUACCUCUCAACAGCAAUUUAUCAGUGCAAUAUAUAUGGCGUUUUUGUAGCAACAUUUGUUUGUUGCUACAAAAGCUGCAAAAGUAUUAUCACAUAAGCUUCCAGGAGAGAGAGAGAGAGAAAGAGGAGUGUUGGGGGGAUAUGGACAGUGCAAAAGAACCAAGUGAUUAUCCCAAACUUAAAUUAAUGCAAAAUGACCACAGUCACAACUGCACUAAUUAGUGAUAUGUAAGCUGCUAGGCCUCUUCCAUUGUUCUUAUUUGAUUUUUUAUUUUGU